ACAACCCGGGUCAACAUCAAAGGUUAGAAGGUUAAAUUUAUUUACUUUUUUGCCUUCAUCGCAAAAUGCAAAAUGUGCGUGACUUUCUGCGGUUUGCUCAGUCGUGAUUAAUCAAAGCCGUGCAGCAUUUAAAGAACUGUUCGUAUACCGAGCGCUCAGUGCCUUGAACCAUGUCGAGUCAGGGCCCCGAAAGAAAAAUGGGGCAAAAUGGCAUCGUCCAGCCCCUAUUAACCGAUUUAUAUCAAAUCACUAUGGCCUACGCUUAUUGGAAGGCGGACAAACACGACGCCCGAUCAGUGUUCGAUUUAUUCUUCCGCAAAAAUCCCUUCAAUGGAGAGUUCACGAUAUUUGCCGGCCUGGAGGAGUGCCUCAAGUUCGUGGAAAACUUCAAAUACUCGGAGAGUGAUAUUGAGUACAUUAAGCAGAUCCUGCCCUCGCAUGUUGAAGAUGAGUUUUAUCAGUAUCUGAGAUGUUUGACGGCCAAAGACAUCCAGCUGUAUGCGGUUAAAGAAGGUACUGUGGUCUUUCCUAGGAUGCCCCUUUUGAGAGUGGAAGGCCCUCUAAUAGUCGCGCAGCUUUUGGAGACCACUCUGUUGAAUCUGGUCAACUUUGCCAGCCUCAUGGCCACUAAUGCAGCCAGAUAUCGCAUGGCUGCAGGGAAACUGAAGCUAUUUGAGUUCGGGCUGAGAAGAGCCCAAGGACCAGAUGGAGGCCUAUCGGCCUCCAAAUACUCAUACAUUGGGGGUUUUGAUGGCACCAGCAAUGUUCUGGCUGGCAAGCUGUUUAACAUCCCAGUUAAGGGAACUCACGCCCAUUCCUACAUAACAUCAUUCAACGGCUUCAAUGAGAUCAAGAACAAGGAACUAGCGCCUGUUGGUGGAGGGCCUCCUCAAGACCUUCUAGAGCUCGCAGUCAAUUUCCGCACUAAACUCGUCUCAAUAUUCAACGUAUUACUAUCGGAAAUCAACGAUGGGGAGCUGGCAGCUUUCGUAUCCUUUGCCAUCGCUUUGCCAGGUAAUUUCAUGGCUUUAGUGGAUACGUACGAUGUUAAGAAAAGUGGCCUUAUUAAUUUCUGCGCCACUGCUUUGGCGCUGCACCACUUGGGAUAUAGAGCUCUGGGUGUAAGGCUGGACAGUGGCGAUCUGGCGUAUCUGUCCUGUGUGGCUCGCGAGUACUUCCGGCUAGUAGCCGAGGCCUACCGCAUUUCAUAUUUCUUCGAUCUGCUGAUUAUGGCUUCAAACGACAUCAACGAGGAGACCAUUCUUAGCUUGAACGAGCAACUGCACUGUAUUGAUGCCUUUGGAAUCGGUACCCAUUUGGUAACCUGCCAGAAGCAGCCAGCAUUGGGCUGCGUCUACAAGAUGGUAGAACUGAACGAACAGCCGCGAAUCAAACUCAGUCAGGACGUCCAGAAAGUCACCAUUCCGGGCAAGAAGGACGUUUAUCGGCUGUACGGCGAGGCAGGAUAUGCGUUGAUUGAUAUCCUGCAAAGAACCUCCGAAACUUCGCCGAUUGAAGGCCGAAAAGUCCUUUGUCGGCAUCCGUUCCAAGAGGCCAAGCGAGCUUUCGUUACGCCUUCCAAGGUGGAAAAGUUGCUGCUGUUGUGGUUUAGCGAUGGCCACAUUUGCCAGCCCUUGGAGAAUCUGCAGGGCGUGCGAGAAGCUGUGGAAGAAUCGCUGAAAAUACUGCGAUCUGAUAUUAAAAGAACUCUGAAUCCCACACCGUAUAAAGUGUCUGUCAGUGAUGAUUUGUACCAGUUUCUGCACACUUUGUGGCUGGCGAAUGCUCCUAUAGGAGAGCUGUGCUAAAGCUUGAAGGUAAUUUUUGAAGUUUUCUAGGCGUGCAUUUUUAAAUUUAAGCGGAUUGUGCAAACGGUGCAGGAUUUUUUGGAUUUUAUUCUUCGGACCCCAGCACAUCUGGUCUGUGUCCAGUAACAGUAUUUUUUUAUAUUUAAAACUCCAGUAUUUUAGCACAAAAGAACGUGUUCUGGGUUUACACCGUAGGAGUUGGUUGUUUUGUAUGUAGUUUGCUUUUCGAAAAUAUAUAAGAUUUGUUGAUAA